ACAGGAUAUUGUCCCCUUCGGGGUGACAUACGAAAAAUUGGAACGAUACAGAGAAGAUUAGCAUGGCCCCUGCACAAGGAUGACACGCUUUCCCGGAGUGGUAGACCUACGGGUCUCAAUAUUUAUUUUACUUUUUCAUAGUGUAAUUAUUUUCUUGAGAGAGAUUAACAUCGAUACAUUGACUAUGAAAAGGUUAAGAUAGGAUGCGAUGGAAGUUGACCGCACUAGUGCACUUGGUCUCCUUGAUACAUGUGAUCCGGGUACCCACGGUUUGACUGGACCACAACGUUCGUGAGCAUGAACCAAACACAUGAGUUGAACGUAUCUCUAGAGCAUCAUCUUCUGGAAGUUCUAAACGCUCUCCCAACUGUCUUACCCGACGACCUGGCUCUAGAAUUGUCAGCCUUCAUAUCACCAUCAUCAAGCACUGUCAUUCCGUACUCCAUUCUCCUCAAGAUCUCUCAAUGGUCUCGCUCGCCGGCAGGCCUCAAAGCCCUGCAAAGCUCUUCGCUGGACCCUCAGUCUUAUUCCAUGGUCUCUAUGCUUGCUGGCACACGAACAUCACCAGAAAAGAAGUUUCCUGCAUACGUAGCAAAAGACCCAGAAACAGAGCGCCGGCAGGCGGCAAAUGACAAGAAGUCGGUCUCUACGGUCGUUAAUGGCGUCCUCAGCGUCGCAGGAACCGGGUUUGCGACAUGGUGGGCAAGCGAACGUACAGGCCUGCGGCUUGAAUGGGUAUGAAGCUUCUGCUGGGUGUUAUUAGAUGCUCAUAAAUGUCUAUCCAGAGAGCAUUGUUUGCCACAUGUGUUGCCCUCGUUGUUGCCCUCGCAGAGAUUAUUCUGUACAUGAUAUGGGACUCUCGUCGAUCAACCAAGAAAACAGAUCGCGCUCCGCGCAUAAUAUCAAGGAACGAGAAGCUAGUGGAAGGCUCGGAUAAGGCUGACAUAGUGGAUGCUACCGCAGCUUCUUCUAGCACAGAUCCUCAUCACACUGCAUUACGCCAACGCCUAAUACAACCCGCUUCCAUUCCUCACGACAGUUUGCCCGGG